UUACUCUCUUGCACAACCACGUCCGAAUGGCGACUGCUGCUGUCCUUCCCAAAGGGCAUCUGACGUCCGCCCUUUACAAGACGUUGCAAGAGGGAACGUCUGUGCCAUGGACCUCCGACUUCAACCACAUGCGCAAGCUCCCCCGACACAUCCGCAUGCACAAAAAAACGCAGGCGGACAAUUUUGAUCCCACCACCACGGAUGCACCCAAAAUCCCGAAGGAGCGUGUCAAGUUUUGGAACAUUGUGCCCGGGGACCAAGUGCGCGUGCGAGGACGCUAUGGGAACCGUCUCCGCGACGUGAGCAAGAUUCGGAGAUUGGAGAAUCUGGUCGAAUUCCCUCCGACCGACCAAUCGUCGAAUACCCCCAGUCCGGCGUACUCGUAUGCUAGUUGCCAGCUGUACAUCGGGGAAUACGAGUUCCCGCCGCUUCCUGGUUCCAAUGAACCCCGAAAACUACCGGUAUUCGCUGAACGGCUGUCAACUUCACCUCCGGUGUGGAACGGGCGAAAACACCGCUGGGAGUGGGAACGUUACGCUAUCAAGACGAACCCUGUGGUUCCUCAUCUCAAGGACCAGAAGAUCCCUAUUCCGUGGCCGGUGCCCAAGGUCCCGUUCCUUCCCCCGGCGGGCUUAUACGACACGAAAAAGUCGGUUGUCGCGAAAGUGACCUACGUGCCCCCGGCGUUUGCGAGCAAGCUCACUGCACCUCUGCCUCGUGUCCCGACUGAGGACGAGUACAUCGAGGGGAUGUCGCAUCCGACGAUGAAGCCGUGGUUCGGGCAGUCGCCGCCUGUCGAGAGCUAUCUGCACCGCGAGCUGUCGAACCCGCAUUCACGCGCCAAGAAGAUGGCCCGCUGGCAGGCGCAUCUCGCCUACAAGAAGUCGCUGCUGCUGGAGUAUGUCGCGGCGGAGAAGGCUGAGCUCAAUGGGCGGACGGCUAAAGAGGCUGUGGCUGACGCUACUUACAAAUGGCGGCAGAAGUUGUCGGACGAGCAGGAGGCGGAGAGGAAGCGGAGAUGGCUCACCCUGGCUGUUGCGAAGAAGUCCGAGAAGAAGAAGGCGCGCAAGACGAGGAAAGAACAGAAGCGCAGGGCUGAGCUCACUCGUCUUAUCCUUGCGGAGGGACCCAACCAAAUCAUACCUAAAGAAGCACUUGGUGUUUGACCACCUCUUUAAUGAUUAUGCACUGAAUUUCUGUGCCAUUCUAGAGCUGGUGUGAAGCGCAAAUGGUAUUGUGGUCUAGUCGAGGCAAUGUCUCAAUCUCGGUCUACUUCGCCAAUUCAUCGUCUCUGGUCACCGAUUCAUCUUCGUAGAUAUCUUUUACGUUCUUGGAUCCUUCAUGGGCCAACAAUGAUGAUUAUGGCCUAAACGGCCGAGAAACU